AUGGAGGAGGUCUCGGCCUUGGCCGCCAUUUUCUGCGGACCCAACGAGUUCAAAUUCAUUAGCCAGGAUUCGCCCGUGAUUUUUGAGCUGGAUAUCGCGUCUGUGGUCCAAGCGGAUUUCAAAUUUCAGCUGCGAGUCACUUUGGACUCGGCUUAUCCCGUUGUGUUACCCCAUGUUAUGAUUCAUUCGAGUCGACUCGAUUAUGAAGGCGGUCAAGCGGUGAUACAAUCGCUUAAAGCCCAUUUUCGCGGCCUUCUAGGCACGCCAAUCUUAUUGGACAUGGUCCAAUGGUGUCAAGAACAUGUCCACUGGCACGCUACGUCCCCCUCAGCCCCGGCCAUUAGUGCCGAUGACAUACGAAACGAACUGUUAUUGCGCAUAUUUUUGAUCGAUCAUGUGCGCAACGAAAAGAUCUACCAUAAGACUUUGGACAAAUUGUGCCGUGAAUGCGAUUGUGGUGCACUGCUGAUUUGGCUCCAAGGCAAGACCAUCUAUUUGAUGGUGGGAGGCGAAUCCCAGGCCGUCAAAGAGUUUUCAAAGUGCUUCUCUCAAGUCAAUAUCGACUUGGAUAGCCAAGCUCGACCGUGCAAAGAGCGUAUGAAGACGCUUCUGUGUUCAAUCUCGUACUAUCCGGGGGAUUUCUCAGCCCGGGGAUUUUCCGCCAGUAAGGAUCCACUUCUAACUUUUCAUGAAUAUCUGUCUCAGUGCUCGGCUGUCUCAACAGAUUUGAGAUCCAAAAUCAUGUCGAUUAUGAAAUAA